AUGGAUUUGAAUAUUCCAGCGGAGGAAAAUGAAAUUUUUGAUGUGGAGGAAGGGGGAAAGUUUUCAGAGGACAUUAUGAGGAGUGAAAAGCAAGAGUUGGAAAACGGGGAAGAGAGAAAUCAAGAAGUGAAUGUGAAAGAAGAUGGAAAGAUUGUGGAGGAAGGUGAAAAGUUUUCAGAGGAGGACGCUAUGAGGAGUGAAAGGCAAGAGCUGGAAAAUGGGGACGAGGAAAAUCAAGAUGUAAAUGGGAAAGAAGAGGGAAAGGUUGAAGAAAAUGACUGUAUGGAUAUUGACAAAGAAGAAGAGGUUGAAAGUGGAAAUAAGAAGCCACGUCGCAGAGGAAGGAAAAAGAAAGAGCAGGGAAAGGGAAAUUUGGAUGGAGAGGAAGAGGAAAAGAAAAAUGGGGCAAGUGGUGCAGAGGAAAACGGAACAGAGAGUGCUUUUAACCGAAGGGCAUCGCGGAGGAAGUCUUCUCAGUUGGCAACUGUGAAGCUUGAGCUGCUGAAUGAAGAUAGUUGGGAGUUGGAAGAGGACGAGGAAGAGAAAGAGGCAAGGAAACGUAAACCAGGUCCAAAAAGGAAGAGGAAGAGUGCAAAAAUUGAGGAAAGUGGGAAAGUGGUGGAAGAGAAAAAUGGGAAAGAGGGAAGUCAAAAGAAAAAGCGAGGACGAAAGAGGUUGAAUUAUGACGAUGAUGGAGAAGAUAGGGAGAAGAAAGAGGAUGGAGAAGACGGGGAGAAGAAAGAGGAUGGAGAAGAAGGGGAGAAUACAGGGGACGAGACAGAAACGAGUAGAGAAAGAAGGUUUUCACUCAGAGCCAAGAAUGAUAAGCCCAAUAAUUCAUCAAAGACCAGGGGCAGAAAGAAUUAUGAUGAGAAUGGGAUUGAGAUCUUGUCUAACAUGUGUCAUCAGUGCCAGAGAAAUGACAAAGGAAGGGUUGUUAGGUGCCAAAAGUGCACAUCAAAGCGAUACUGCAUACCUUGCUUGACUACCUGGUAUCCUCAGAUGUCAGAGGAGGCUAUUGAGGAGGCUUGCCCCGUCUGUCUUAAUAACUGCAAUUGUAAGAGAUGCAUGCGGUUGGAUGGGCCAAUCAGGCACUUGAAGAAUUUAGAAUUAAAAUUUACUGAAGAAGAAAAGGUUCAGUACUCAAAGUUUAUACUCCAAUUGCUUUUGCCCUUCUUGAUGAAAUUUAAUUCUGAACAAUCAGCUGAGAAGGACGUCGAAGCUAAAAUACAAGGACUACCGGUUUCAGAUAUAACAGCACUAGAAGCAAAAUGUGAGAAGGAUGAGCGAAUUUAUUGUGACAAUUGCAAAACUUCUAUUGCUGAUUUUCACAGAAGCUGUCCGCUUUGUUUUUAUGAUCUUUGCAUUACUUGUUGCCGGGAAAUUAGGGAUGGAAAACUACGGGCAGGUGAUGAGGAAGUUGUCAUGCAAUAUGUUGACAAUGGGCUAGAUUACCUGCAUGGCAGCAACAGUCAUGCUGCUACUUCAAUGAAGGAUAAGAAUUGUGGUGAAGUGACUCUACCCAGCUGUAGAGAUCAUUCUAAACUAAAAUCUGAAUGGAAAUCUAUGGAAAAUGGCAGCAUUCCAUGUCCACCAAAGGAUAUGGGAGGUUGUGGUGAAGGAAUUCUAGAAUUGAAGUCUGUAUUUUCAGAUAGUUUUGUUUCAGAGUUGUUAGUGAAAGCCAAAGAUAUUGUCAAAAACUAUGAACUUGAGGAUGGGCCACAAAAUUUUGAGCAAUGCUGCUCCUGUUUGAAACUCGAUGGUGAAAAUGUUUCUGACUGUAAUAAUUUACGCAAAGCAGCCUCUCGAGAAAACUCUGAGGACAAUUAUUUAUACUGUCCAAAAGCUAAAGAUCUUCAGCAUGCAGAUUUGAAGCAUUUCCAGUGGCACUGGUCAAAAGGUGAGCCAGUGAUUGUCAGUAAUGUGCUUGAAACUACAUUGGGCUUGAGCUGGGAACCUAUGGUUAUGUGGCGUGCCUUGCGUCAGAUCAGAAAUGUUAAUCAUGAACUGCUACUUGAUGUGACUGCUAUAAAUUGCUUGGACUGGUGUGAGGUAGACAUUAAUGUCCACCAGUUCUUCAAGGGGUAUUCAGAGGGUCGGUUUGACAAUCAUGAAUGGCCUCAGAUUCUGAAGUUGAAGGACUGGCCUCCAUCUAAUUUAUUUGAGGAGCGAUUACCUCGCCAUGGGGCUGAGUUUAUCAGUUGCUUACCAUUCAAGGAAUAUACUCAUCCUCACAGUGGAUACUUAAAUCUUGCUGUUAAACUGCCGAAGAAGUCUUUGAAGCCAGACAUGGGGCCUAAGACAUAUAUAGCUUAUGGAGUUGCUCACGAACUGGGACGUGGAGAUUCUGUCACAAAGCUCCACUGCGAUAUGUCUGAUGCGGUUAAUGUGCUGACACAUGAAGGAGGAGUAAAACUCUCGCCUAUGCAGCUUUCAAAAAUAAAGGAGUUGAAGGAUAAGCACAAUGCCCAAGACGAGAGGGAAUUAUACCAAAAUAAGGAGAUGGACGUGAAAAAAGAACAAUUAGAUGAUGAUUUAUCGAGAUCGAAUGAGCAAGCUUCUCCAGACACGUUGGACGACCCCUGUUUGGAGAUUGAAGCCCAAGAGCCAAAAUCAUCUGAUAUGUCAACAGAGAACAUGCUGGAUAAAGCACUGACUGCAAAAACUAUUUUGGGAACUCAAAUGGUUGAUAAAAAUGAUGCUGACAAUGAAGGUUGGCAGUGUUCUGGCAGAGGGAAAAGUGAAAUUGAUAGCUCACUUAAUCAAAAUUUUGUGGCUGAGAUCAACUCCACUGAUCGAGCAUGUGAAAAAUCUGCUCUACCCUUGGAAGUGGAGAGCAAUGAUGAAACUGAGAUAUCGAGCAACAUAAAUCAGAAUGUAACAGAAACUUCCGGAACAAGCAAAUCAAAGAAAGAGGGUGAACAUAGGGAAGAAAAUGAUGGUGCUUCAGUUUCAGUUGGUUCAGAAGUCUUUGAAGACCCUGAAGGUGGUGCUUUAUGGGACAUUUUUAGGAGGGAAGAUGUUCCAAAACUGAAAGAAUAUGUGAGCAGUCACUUCAAGGAAUUUAGGCACAUUUAUUGUAAUCAGUUGCCACAGGUGGUCCACCCGAUUCACGAUCAAACUGUUUAUUUGACCGUGGAGCAUAAAAGAAGACUAAAGGAGGAAUAUGGGAUCGAACCAUGGACUUUUGUUCAGAAAUUAGGUGAUGCAGUGUUUAUACCUGCUGGUUGCCCUCAUCAAGUUAGAAACUUGAAGUCAUGCAUAAAGGUUGCAGUUGACUUCGUCUCACCUGAAAAUGUUCAAGAGUGCAUUCGUAUGACAGAAGAAUUCCGCAUUCUUCCUCAAAAUCACAGGGCUAAAGAAGACAAGUUGGAGGUGAAGAAGAUGUCUCUUCAUGCCAUGUGCCGAGCUGUAAAAUCUUGUGAGGGCAUUUCUUCAGAUGCAAGUGACACUAACCAAGACGGCAAAGCGAGGAAAAGAAAUUUCAAAGGUAGGAGGAAGAAGAACUAA